AUGCGUUUCAGAAGUCAGCUCAUCAAUAUUAAUACUUUUGCCAAAUUCACCGCGUCUUUAUCAUCACUGGGUAAAAUAUGCUGGGUUCGAUUGGAAGAUGAGGUUGUCCGUUUCACCAUCAUCCCCGACCAGGGAACCCAGGUCUGGGCCCAAUUGCCAAUUGACACAGUCUUUGAAUCCUACUCCGUAAGCGCUGCAUCAGGCGUUAUCAAUCUCGAAGUCCCCAUCGGUGCUCUCCACCGCGCCCUCCGCUCAGCAUCAAGUGCAACAUCAGCACAGCUACGACUAACCAAGAAGGGUUCACUCCCUUUACUGGCACUGACAAUUGUGGCUUCAUCAUGGACAUCGGGAAAGAAUGCCCUUGGAGUGGGCGACAGCAAUAGCACCCACGAUACAGCAAACCCAAACCAUACCGACGGCCCCCGCGAACGCGAAACGGUAAUAACCCAAGAAAUCCCCGUCCGCGUCCUCCCCCCAUCGAUCGUUGAGGGCCUGCACGAACCCCGCUGCCGCAGUCCAGAUGUCCACAUUGUGCUCCCCAGCCUCAUUCAACUGAAAAGCAUAUCAGAACGCUUCACCAAGCUAGCCAUGGACUCUGCCGCCAAAAGCAUCAUCAGUACAACAACUUUUACUUCAACACAAGGAGCCGGGGCUGGUUCCACUGCUUCGAAUAGUAGCCCCAAGCUAGAACUAUCCGCCAACAUGCACGGCUCAUUGAAGCUUUCUAUAGCUACAGACACGCUGCGCAUCUCGAGUGUGUGGACCGGACUGCUAAAUCCACCACUGGAUCUGGCGCAGUUGUCUCAAAACGAGCUGGAGCAGUUGCCUAGUGAGCGGAUGAGGGAGUUGGGUGGGGAGAACGGGGAGGGGGAGGAGGGGUGGGCGAAGGUGAGGAUUGAUGGGAAAGAUUGGGGGAGGGUGUUGAGUGUUGGGCGGUUGAGUCCGAGGGUUGUUGCGUGUUUUAUACACGAGACAGCCCUGAUUCUCUACGUAUAUUUACCCGACUGCGGAAGUGGGGAGGACUCAUGUUUGACGUAUUAUAUCAACUCCUACGCCGUCUGA